AUUGAUUAAGUUUGUCGGAGCAUGAGCCUUUCUUAAGGCCACGAUCUCAGAUUUACAAUAAUGCUCUAAAAAUAUGAGUUCUAUCUUAUGAUAUAAUAUGAAAUAAGGCCUAUAUGUGUCUAAACAUAUAUAUUUAAGUAUAUACAUAUUUGUUAUAUGUAUAUGCAUACAUGUUGAUAAAUAUGCUUGUUUACAGAUAUACGUAUAUUAUUUUCAAUAAGUACAUUAAUAUCGUAUAAGAAAGGAGAAUGACACGAAAGGACUGAUAAGGUUUUAGACGAAUUGUUACGGUAACAGCACAUUUUGUUACAUAUUUCUAUUUAUAUAUUACUAGCUUUAUAUUUAGAUAAAAUACAUUUUUCACAAAAUGGUAUACGAAAUAAUACUAUUAAAUAAUAAUAUUUUAUAGAAUCACAUUUUGCUAAAUGAUCACUCGAACAAGACUAAAUUCAACUUCUUCAGACGAGGAUUGCAUACUCCUGUUUCGGAGAUUAUGCAUUAGAAUUUUAAGAUCUCGGAAGCUUUCAAUUUGCAUUUGUGGGCUGGUUGUAUUUUGGGUAUGCUCAGCCUUUGUUCUGGUUCCUGUUGGAGAUUCUGUAAAUAAAUAUGAAAAAGAUAUUUAUCAUAAAACGGAAAAUAUCGUCCUGCCAAAAGGUUCAAUAAUUGUUAAUAAAACCCAAUUGGAUAGAUUGUUAAAUCGAAUAAAUGAAUUGGAACAAAAAUUGAAAGAAGUACCAACUUCAACCAAGGCACCAGUUACUGAGAAGAAGGACAAUCAUAUCAAUGCUGAUGUAUCAGAAACUUCUUGUGAUGCUCCAAACGAUCAAUCCUUUCCUGAUUGUCAGGCGAAAAUUUCUUGGAUGAAAAUUCAUUGGAGAAGUGAUAAAUGUUACUCAGAACAUGGCGUAGAUGGUACAAUGUGUUCGUUCCGAAAAUAUUUAUCAGAAGUAGAGUGGUUUUGUCCUCUAUUACCGGGAAGAAAAAGAUUUCAAUCUGAUGAUAAUCAAAAUGUAAAUAAAGCAAAAUGGAAUCCAGAUAUGGAAGGAUUAAUGCAACUCCUUCAAGAAAAGGGAUCCAGGGUAACUCUUGGCUGGAUAAAACAGCGUAUUAAGGGAAUGUGGUCUAAAUGGCAACAAGCUGUUAAUACUUUUCAUAAUAGAACCAUUGAAGUUGGUCCAAGAUUAAAAAUCUUACUCCAUCUAGGCUUACUGACGAAGCAAUCUAAUUUCAAGAUUGCUGAAUUACAAUUCAAAGGGGGCCCUUUGGGUGAAUUAGUCCAAUGGGCAGAUAUUAUAAGUUCACUUUAUGUUAUGGGGCACAAUAUCCAAAUAACUACAGAAGUAAAUCAAUUGCAGAGAGCGUUAGGUGGCACGAGUCAUGCUUCUAGUUGUCCACCUGUGCCAGGUAGAUCAUCAAAUGAAGCAGAGAUUAUAUACACCGAUAUAGCAGGCUUAAAACAGCUGAAAAAAAUUAUUAAAGGUGGUUACGGCCAGGUUCGUUGUAAAUUACGAAUUGUCGAUUCUUUUGGAACAGAGCCAGCUUAUAAUCAUGAGGGUUAUGCAAAAAGUCAUAGACAAUUCAAAUCAGCCUGGGCUAUGCAUAACCUCAAUCCAAGACAAUUUUUUACAAUGUUUCCCCAUUCCGACGAUAACUCCUUUAUGGGAUUUGUUGUUGAUAUGCCAGUCUUUUCGACUCCGAUUCCUGAAAAAGAAAAUAUAGCAUUAGUAUAUGGCAAGCAUGAAAACUAUUGGGGUACCAAAGAAAAAUAUCUUGAGGUAUUUAAAAAGUAUUUAGAUGUUCAUGGUACUGUUUUUGUACCUAACCCACCUUCAAAAAUCAUCCCAAGUUGGGUUCAAAAUCAUGGUUUACUUAAAGCUACUGAUUUAAUGACUCUCCUUCAAAGAUCAAAGGUCUUCGUUGGCUUAGGCUUUCCAUAUGAGGGACCAAAUCCACUGGAAGCCGUAGCAGCUGGAGCAAUCUUCAUUCAACCCAAGUUUAAUCCACCUCACUCCUCUUUAAACAAACCAUUUUUUAAGGGAAAGCCUACUUCUAGGGCUUUGUCGAGUCAACAUCCCUAUGCUGAAGAAUUUAUAGGCGAACCUCAUGUUUUUACUGUUGAUAUAGAUAAUAAAGAGGAGUUAGAAUUAACUAUAAAAAAUGCUUUAAAGGCUCACGAAGAGAAGAGGGUGUACCCUUAUCUUCCUAAAGAAUUUACACCUGAAGGAAUGAUAGAAAGGCUAUCUGCCUUCUUAAAUCAUCAAGAUUUCUGUUCGCCAUCUCGGUUAAGAUGGCCACCUGAUUCUUCUGUUCAAUUGUUAAUGAGUGAAAAGGGACAGAGCUGUUCUGAAGUCUGCAGAAAACAUAAAAGGAUAUGUGAAGCAAGCCAUUUCGAGCGUUUAAAUACAGAACAAUCUUUGAAAAAUAUAUUGGGCACCUCAUGUCGUUCAGUCAGGAGGGAAGAGGAUAUUUUUUAUCCGGCCUUCCAACCAUCCUCCUCUGUUUGUAUUUUACAAAGAACACCGUUAUUAUUCAGUUGUGUAGGAGCUAAACAUGAUCUUGUGAGAUUUUGUCCAUGUAGAGAUUUUAUAUCUGGACAAACUGCUCUUUGUUCUCAGUGUAUUUGA